AUGGAAUAUGCAGACGUAUUGUGGGACGGUUGCACUGAAAGUGAAACUGAAAGUGAAAGCGAUUAUCUUGAACAUGUUCAGUAUAAGGCAGUGAAACUCGUCACAGGGGCUAUGAAAGGAACAAGCAAGCAUCGUCUCAUGGAAGAAGUAGGAUGGGAAAGUAUGUCAACUAGAAGGAAAAUUCACAAACGUACUUUAUAUUAUAAAAUUGUAAACAAUUGUAGUCCUAGUUACUUAAGGGACCGGUCAUUAUUUAUGGCGGGGUGGCACCAAAGAGAAAUGUUUUUCCUAGCAAAAAUUUUGCUGACCCAACCAUUAAAAAGUAAAAAAAAAUGAUUACCCAACCUCAAAUAUCAAUUAAAAAAUAAAUACCCACCCCUGGCCAAAAAAUUUACAAAAGGUACCAUUCAGUUGUCACAUAUGUCCUUUACCACUUCUGUGACAUGAGUUUGAUAACGGAUUGUGAGAUUUUCUGCAGUCUGAAGUUUCAUGUUGUCUGCACAUGUAGCUACUUUCUUUGGAGAUCCCAUCAGAAAUUGAUCAAGAUAAUGACUCUGAUUGAUAUAUACUUUUCGUUGUUUCUUUACACAUUUAGUAAAUCUUAGUAUAACACCAAAUUCAUCAAUUGCUGCUAUUUUGCUAGCAAAUCCAUAUAAUAAACCCAGGUGUUUUGCAAUCAAAAGUGAUGCAACCUGGAUAGUGGAAUAAGUUGACUACUGUAGGCACAAUUUUUGGCCACUUAAUAGUCAAAGGUCAUGCAUAAAUAAGAACAGUGUUUAAUAUUACCGCCUUACGGAGACUUUAUAUUAAUUGUGCUACUCUAGGAUCUAGAAGAUCCAUAGGUCCCAUACUCGACUAGCAACAUAAUCAAGUUAGUUAUGUUAAUUCAUUAUAUAUAGGAUCAAUGUUAAAGGCAAGGUGGGCUAUAAGCUAUAAUCAUUUGUAUAGCUUAUAGAAGGCUAAUUUCUGCGAAUAAAUUGAAUAAUGAAUGUGGCACAAUAUUAAAUAGUUGCAUGAUGACGUCAAAGAAACUAGUCAGACUACAUUUGCAACUUUUGUAACCUGAGUAUCAGGCCCUUAUGUUUUCAUUCGCCAGGAUUAAUUGGCGGCGGCGAAUGAAGGAGGGCCUGAUACAAUUCUUUACCGUGGCGCAUGUUAAUCGCAAAUUAGCGAAAUAUAUUGCAAAUGUAGCUAUAUAUAUAUAUAUAUAUAUAUAUAUAUAUAUAUAUAUAUAUAUAUAUAUAUAUAUAUAUAUAUAUAUAUAUAUAUAUAUAUAUAUAUAUAUAUAUAUAUAUAUAUAUAUAUAUAUAUAUAUACACUGUUAAUUUGAAGGUGUUAAAAUAGCACCUUCGUAGGUGUUAAAAUGACACCGUGUGGUGGUGUUAAAUAAAAAGUGUUAAUCUAACACCAAUUUGGGUGCUGAGUUAACACCAUGAUUUUGGGAAUUGAUUUUGAGGUGCUAAAUUAGCACCAUAGAUAUUUAACACUUUUCUAGGGUGUUAAAAUAACACCCAUUCUAUUGAGUGAAAGUGUUAAAGUAGCACCGUUUUGAGAGUUAAACUUAGGGUGUCAAAAUAGCACCUCGUGAACCGGUUUUCAGAUUCAAAGUGGCGGACCACGUAGGAGCGGUUUACGUUUUUCAGACAAGUAAAUGGGGCAAAGGAUCAUAUUUUUACAUAUUAUCGCAUUUAAUGUAAUCCUUGUAGGGCCUCAUUGAAAAACUAAUGAAAAAUAAUCUAAGCAAUCUGUCAUUUUGGUGUUAGUGAUGUCAGGAAAGUGUGCAGUGUAAACAGUAAAAAUAUGCAGUGAAAAGAAAUUGUGUGGUGAUGACAAAAUAUGUUCAUGCAAGGGAGAUAUAACGAGACAGCUAGAAUUUUAAAGUUAAGAGUCGCUGUCAAAAAAACCUUAGAAAUGCAGGUUUAUUUGCACUGGAUUGCUCACAUGAUUGAGAUCAGUGCCUUCAGAAGGGCCUCCCAGAAGGCUUAGCGAGAGCACAUUUCUAGCGCGUCGUUUGGAAAUUUUAAUUUAACGUCGGUUGAUAAAGCCAAGAUUUCUUAAAUUAUAGUAGAAAAUAAGAAGAAAUACUCCAUUGUUUGAAGAUUCAGACAAUAAUUGUAAAUGUAAGUGCUCAACUAUGUCAAUAUUUUUAAGUUUCGUUUGUAAAUAUGUUCCAUAAAUAGUAAUAUAUUCAUGUAUAUUUUAACCGCCAUUGCUGUUGACCGCAUUAUAUUUUGUAUUUGGUUCAACAAUAUAUUGUUAUUAAAAUACAUUAAAACUUAGUGAUAUUGCUUUGUAUUGACAGGUUAUAAUUUCAAGCAAUAAAUACUGUCAUAGUAUGUGUUCUAAGCAAGUCGAACUGUCGAAAUCAUGAUAUAUACAGGCUACAAGAAGGUAUGAAAUAUACAAUAAUAUAGGCGAUUAGAUAAAUAUUAGCUAAAUGAGUUAAUAUUGAUAUCCUUUCAAUAGUGAUCAAUACAUUAAAGUUAACAAUAUAAACAUUUAUAUUUGUUAAUGUAUUGAUCUAUUGAGAGGAUAUCAAUGUUGACUCAAUAUUAUUGAUAUAAUCUCCAAAGCAAGUUCUAUGGCUUUGUAUUAGGCCCUGUUUACAUGAGACCACAACAAAGUCAAACCGGGACCAUUUUGUUUUGCUUAUAGUAUGAUCUAUAAUAGAUGUUUACAAGCGACCGGGAUGAAAAUAACUUGACAGACCAGUCUCAAGUCAUUCUGCCUGCUGGAUCAAGCCGAUUGACUUUAGACUGGCAUGAAUUCAGACCGGCAUGAAUGUAAACACAAAUACAGUUCAGACCGGUCUUGGCUGUAACCUUGACAUUGGAACAACAUAUGCUAACAAAAGCCAUCUGAACAAGAAAAUUGCCUAGCAAGGGGAAUAAAUUGAAAAUUUUGUGAUUUUUGUACUGAUCUCAUGUAAACAUGUUGACAAUUUCAAUUUUCCUUCCAGUUUGACUUUGUCCCGGUUUCAUGUAAAUGGGGCCUAAGAGCAGAACAAUCCUUACUUUGUGUUAUCUAUAUUGUGCUAUCAUAGUAAAUAGCUGUAUUUCUAUUUAAUAUCCAGACAACCCAGGUAGAAUGUUCCUAAAUUCCCUGAAUAUAUUGAGGAUACAUAUGUUUGCGAUGUUACUCUGAGUGCAUAUCCACACCGGGCGAGCUUGAAAAAUAUGCCCGGCCACGGUGGGAUUCGAACCUACAACCUUUUGGAAUACUAGCCCACAUAUUAUUCACCUGAGUAAACAUAUUAUUCACCUGAGUACACAACACCAACACAGAAAAAUUGAGGAUACAUGUUUGAGUCCCUCAUACUAUUGUUUAUAUGCUUCUCGAGAAUUUCCAGGCUCACAAUUUUAUGCAUAAAGAAACUGUUUAAGGGGCCACGUGCAUAUUCAUGUUGCCACAACAACAUCGAAUCAACAUUAUAAGUGGGUGAGUUUUAUGUGAACUUAUCUCUGUUAUCUUGUGGCAAUUUGACAAUUAAUGCCAAUAAAUGAUCAAUAAUUGACGUCAUUUGGAUUGUGACGGAUAUAAACUGUAUUGAAAUGAUCCAAUUGAAUCAAAGUAUGUAAUUGUGAGAAGUAUUUUCAAAAGUAGGUUGUUUAAUUAGUAUUUACUGAUUGAAAAAUAAGAAAAUCAUUCAAGUAAAUUCUUAUUUUUUCAGGUAGUUAAACAAUCUACUGUUUGCAACUGUAGCUAGUGAACAGUCUACUUUGCUGUAUGAUCGAUUACAGUGAUUACAGGUUUUGAAGAAACAAUUGUUUAGUAUCUGUGUGUUUAUAUUAUGGACAUAGAUUAAACAAUUAACAUAGAUUAAGAUACUUAAUUGAAAGAACUUAAUCUAUCUAUGUGUAUGUAUACUGUACAGAAAUUUAUUCUAUGUUUAAAUCUUUUUGUGUAGAGGAUGCUCAACCCCUUUUAUCAGGAUCUCAACCCCUUGUCUAUUGGUACUGGACCUCUGGAAGAGAUAAGUUUGAUUUCAUUGAUUGCAGAGGGAAUGUUUGUGAAAAAUUCAAAUUGUGCCAUAUAGCCAACAACCUGCAGUUUAUGAUAAUGCACAAUUAAUGAUAAUGAUGAUAUUAUAUCAUUAAUGUAAUGCAUGUAUUGUACAUGCAGGAUAUACCAUAAAUCUCCAAAUAUAAGCCCCCCAUGUAUAAGCCCCCCCCCCCCACGUAUAAGCCCACCACAUAUACUAACGCUCACCUCAUUCCAAAUAUAAGCCCCUCCUGAAUAUAAGCCCACCCAAAUAUAAAUAAGCCCACCCAAAUAUAAAUAAGCCCACUUGUUUAUCACUAUUACAACUAUUUAUCAUUAUUAUUACUAUGCUUGUUUAACACUUGUUUAUCACUAUUACUAUACUUGUUUAUUACUAUUAAACAAACACAAAAGAUUGUCAAUGUAUACACCCCCUGUAUAUAAGUCCCCCCCUGUAUAUAAGUCCCCCCUGUAUAUAAGUCCCCCCCUAUAUAAGCCCAUCAAAAAUCGCUUACGAAAGAAUGUAAGCCCAGGGCUUAUAGUUGGAAGUUUACGGUAUUGUCCUUAUCUGUAAUGACUAGAGUGUAGUACGAGGAGAGUUAUGGCGUCACAAUCAUGGUCUAUUUCUGUAAAUGUUUCUAUAUAGUGUAAACCUUAGGUGUAAUAACUCUGAAUUUACUAUAAACUUCAUAUAUGACAUAGAUAAGUAAUGCUGUAACGCAUAAUGUAAAUAAAUUUUUCAACAGAUUAUUUUAUUAAUUGUUUUGUGUGUUGGAUAGAAGGGAUAUACAUUUUUAAUAUUCGGUAAUGCUAAAAUAACACUAAAAUUGAGUGUUAUUUUAACACUAAGGUUAGAGUGCUAAAACAACACCGAAAAGGGUGCUAUUAUGACACUAAAAAUGGAGUUAUUUUAACACCUUUGCAGGUGCUAAUUUGACACCCUACAAAGUGGUGUUAAAAUAGCACCCAAAAAGGUGUUAUUUUGUACCUUUUUAUUUGACACCAUUUUUGGUGUUAUUUUAACACCUUCAAAUUAACAGUGUAUAUAUAUAUAUAUAUAUAUAUAUACUUUAUAAUUAUAUAUAUAUACUUUAUAAUUAUAUAUAUAUACUUUAUAAUUAUAUAUAUAUACUUUAUGAUUAUAUAUAUAUACUUUAUAAUUAUAUGUCAGUUUGUUGAUAAAUACGGUAAGCGCCAUAUAAAGCUCAUUUUGACUGAAAGCGAUCGGGUGGCGAUUUAAUAUAAGCUACAUUUGCAAUAUAUUUCGCUAAUUUGUGAUUAUUUUUGUUAAUUUUAUAAGUUCAUUGCAGUUUUAAUUUAAAUUCAGCCGUUUAGUGGGCUGCUAUGCUAUAAUUAGAUUGUUGUUGUCGUUGUGUGAAAUUUAAAUUUCUCCUGCGACAUUUUGAUUGGAUACUAAAUAUAAACUUUGCUGUGGGUGGAAAGUGGUCAUCGCUUAAAUUCCCCAUACCUGAAUACAAAAUAAACAGUAAACAACGAUUACCUUUUACAUACCAUAUAUAAAACGGAGUUUUCAUCCUUUCUAGAAACUCACUUCCUGAACUUUUGAGCGCAAAUGUAAUGUAUUAAAAAUGUAUAUCAUAUUUGCAAUUGAUUUGCAAAUAAAUAAAUAAUAUUUGAUGUCAUAAAAAUUUUUAAAUUUAACUCAACACAAACUGGUAAGUUCAUGACAUGUAUAAUUUACUUAUAUGUUGUUAUAUUGCAAUUUUGUACCCUUUGUUUGCAAUUGCAUAUGAUGUGAACAUGUGGUCAUGUAUUAUAAUUGUGUCAUGAAUUUAAUAACCCCAAUGGCUUCGAAAUAGACAAUGGAUGGAAAAAGUCAUGAAUAUUGAGCUUAUUUACCCUUUAAACACUUAAUCGUCAUGCACAUACAGUGUAUUAUUUGUUUCCAGAACCCCCUCAAGCAGACUUCAACUUUUUUUGUUAAAUUGUAUAUUUUUCUUCAUACAGUGCUGCAUGUGUGUGUGUUUGUGGGUACACUCAUGUUUGGAUGCUUGGCAUAGGUUAAUGGUAAUUUCAUUGGAGUCAUCAGGGAUUUAGUUGUAUAUUCCUGAAAUUACCUCUAAACAACUAAUAAAACAGCAUUCCCUAAAAUUUUAGUUGUUUUCUUACAUUGCCCUAUAUCGCUCAAACUCGCAUUGCUUAUAUUGCAUAUUUUGCUUAAAUCACCUAAAAUUGCUUAAACUCGCAUUAUCUCGUUAUCGCCCCAGAGUAGGGCCUACUGUUCCCAUUGCUUUUUAGUCCCCAAUACUUCAGUGAGUCAUGCUUUGGAAAUGACAAUAAUUUUUUAUUACCCAACCAUUGAGUUGUUUUGUUUUUCAUUUACCCAACCUUUCACUUACUCAAAAUUUAGUUUACCCAACCCUUUUCUCUUCGGUGCCACCCCCACCAUAAAUAAUGACCGGUCCCUAAGUGAUUUACUUCCUUUUCAAGUUUGUCAAAGGACACAACAUAAAUUAGGGAAUUGUAUAGAUUACUCACUCUUCGCAUGUCGAACAGAACGGUUUAGGAAAUCCUUUUUUCUUCCACGACAAUAUUGUGGAACAAUCUGAGCAAUGAGAUACGUUCUAUAGAUUCAAUUACACACUUCAAGAACACUCUACAAAGUACAGGUGGGGCAAAAAAGUACGACUGUUUGAAUUGCUGAAAAAUCAAAACUAAAAGAGCAAUGCCUCUAAAACAAGUUUAUUGGCAUUCAGAGAUAUCCAACUUAAAUUUUGAUAUGCGCCAUGCCCAUUUCGAUGUCUUAUUGAAAAAGAUACAUGCAUUUAAACAGGUGUAAACAUUUUUGGAACUGACUAAAUUAGCUAAAAAUGGCUUGUUAAAUAUUAAUACAUACGUACAACAUGCAAUAAUUUGUGUUAAGACGCAUUAUACUUUAUUGUCAGUACGUUCGUGCUUGUGGUUCAAAAACUAUUGUCUAUAUUCAUCAGUAAAUGCAUGUCCCCCAGCACGUCUUGCCCGUGAAAUCAUACAAUCGAAAGAAUUUUGGAUCAUUUGCUGUUUCAAGUUGCGGCAUGCUGUAUAACAAUCGCUUCACGUAGCUCUUUCAAAUUGUGCUUCACAACCGGAGUUAUUUGAAUCGCACAUAGACUUGUACCAAUCAAUUGGAGGUACUGUCUCGUGUCGAGAUUUCUUUCAACAAAGUGUGGACCCAGAACAACUGACCUCGUCAAACCAACCCACUAAUUGAAACAAUAAUCGCAAGAAAAUGGUAAAGGUUAUUCAAAUUAAAUUUUGCAAAUGAUAGGCAUUCUUCUAUCUUCCAUACUCGUUUGCGUUCAGGUGUAUGUGCACUAAAUUUAUAUUUGUAUAGCAUAGGUUGUAAAAUGUCUCCAUCAUGCAGGCGUGGUUAUCACACUGAAUCUAUAAAACAUUAUUUCCUCUACUGUCCAGUAUUUGCUGCCCAAAGGUCUAAGCUGUUCUCCUCCGCUGCCGAGAAUCUUCCCGAAGGGUGGUCAAGAUUGACGGAUGAACAAAUUAUGGAAAUAUUUUUCUUUGUUUCUCUAAUGCUGUCGUUGGAAUAUAACAUGGCAAUAUUCUCUUAUGUUGAAACUUAUAUUAAAGAGACAGCACGUUUUCAUUCUAACAAUUCUUGACACCUAUCGUGUUAGUUUUCACAUAUUAAAAACCGUGUGUGCCUGACAGUGUGUUUUUAAAUUUGUAACGGGUAAGCCCCCUUGAUGAGUGUGUACACUCUUGGGGCAAACUCAUUCUCAUCAUAAAAUAUGUUUAAAUGUGUCAGUGGACUACUAUCGUUGAAGCAUGCAUCUGUUAAGUUAUUUUUAAUUUCAAUUUGUUAAGGUGAUGGUAUAUUUGGUUGACUUCGUGCUACCGGCGAACUAUUUCUCCAACAACCUCCGCAGUCUGUCGGUAGAUAUGGCCGUUCUUCGUGAGCUAAUGAAGAUCAAACUGCCUGACCUCUCCGACCAUCUUCAGAACCUUCAAAGACAAGCCACUGCUCACAAUAACACGGAUUCAAAUUCGCAUGAACCUCCGCUGACGAAUGUAUUUACAAUGCAAUGGUUUCUGACAUUAUUUGCAACAUGUCUGCCUGAACAGCUUGUACUCAGAGUGUGGGAUUGCAUCUUGCUCGAAGGAUCAGAGGUGUUACUCAGGGUAGCGCUUGCGAUAUGGGCAGCUAUCGGACUGUAA